GAUAUGAGUGCUUUAUUAUUUGUGUUCACAUUUUUUGUGGUUUGUGCACCGAGAGUGAUAGUAACAGAAGAGUAUCGAACAGUUGAAACGAAUUGUGGUCAAAUUCGUGGUAUUAAAAAAUCAUCUCUUCUGAAAAAUGUGGAUUAUUAUUCAUUCAAAGGUAUUCCAUAUGCGGAGCCACCGAUCGGAGAGCUAAGAUUUAAAGCCCCAGAACCGAUUCGAGAACCAUGGUCAAAUGUUCUUGAUGCAUUCGAGCAUGGUAACACAUGCAUUCGGCCAAAUACAAUUUCGAAUGAUGACUAUCCACAAGAUGAAAACUGCCUCUUCUUGAAUAUUUAUGUACCAGCCAGUGGUAAAUUGGAUAAUAAAUUGGCUGUAAUGUUUUGGAUAUUUGGCGGUGGUUUUUUUGAUGGGACCGGUAACGAUGAUAUAUAUGGUCCCGAUUUUCUCAUCGAAAAGGACGUAAUUUUGGUAACUAUUAACUAUCGUGUGGGAGUAUUUGGAUUUCUGUCAUUCGAUAUGCCAGAAUAUUCGGGAAAUAUGGGCUUAAAAGAUCAACAAUUGGCAUUAAAAUGGAUUUAUGAGAAUAUCGAUCAAUUUCACGGUGACAACAAACGAAUCACUGUCUUUGGUGAUAGUGCUGGUGGUAUAUCGGCACAUUUUCAUGUGUUAUCAAAUGAAUCAAGACAAUAUUUUCGUAAUGCAAUCGUAAUGAGUGGAACGGCAGAUAGUAUUUGGUCAUUGUCCGAAGUGCAUAAUCAUACGUCAUUGGCAUUUCAAAUCGCUGAUGCAUUGAAUGAAACAAAAACCACAAUUGAAGAGUUGAUUGAAUACUUCAAAACGAUACCCGCGGAAAAAAUCAAAUACACAGCAAUGCAUGAGAGUAGUUUUUAUCGAACAAUGAAUUUCAAAUUUUCGCCGAUUAUUGAAAAAAAUAAUGCAAAUCAUCCAUUCUUGGUGGAAUAUCCGGAAGAAAUCUACAAAAAGUCCAACAUUGAUACUGACAUCGUAUUUUAUCACACUUCUUUAGAGGCUAUCUAUUACUUUCUAUAUAUUUAUCCAUUUAUGCAGUACAAAAUAUGGGAUUUGGAGAGUAAUUUCACUCUAAAGUUACCGUUUCGAAAUUUCAAUUUGUCAUUCGAAUCGAAUGAAUACCGUGAGUUGGCAAAACAAGUGCGACAAUUUUACUUUGGGAAGCGUGUUAUUGAUGAAAGCACUGCGAUGCAAUACAUGGAUUUAAUAAGUGAUAUCAAUUUUGUUUAUCCAACCGCAAAUUCAAUUCAACUUCAUCGAAAAACAUCAAAUGGGCGUGCAUUUUACAUUCGGUUUUCUGUGGACUCUGAAUUGAAUUUCUUGAAGGUGCUUGUGCCAGAAAAAAUCCAUCAUUCAAAUCGAGCGCACACACCAGGAGCAUCUCAUUAUGAUGCAGAAUGUUAUCUUUUCCGGUAUUGCAAUCUUUACCAAAACUAUUAUGACGCUGUUUUGAAAAAUGUGGACAGUGAACAAACGAAAAUUAGCCGUAACACCAUUGAAUAUAUGACCCGUCUAUUUUCCAACUUUGCUAAGCAUGGAGAGCCAACAUACAGAGAUGAAUUGAUCUCAGGUUUUCAGCCAGUUCAAAGUGAUGUAUUUAAUUAUCUUGAUAUCAGCAAUAAAGGUUUAAAGCUUGAAAUAAAUCCAAGGGAAAAGGCUAUUGAAUUUUGGAGUCAACUUAAAGCAAAUGCACAGAAAUUUACGGUCAUUAUGUGUGUCUUACGAAUUUUUCUAGUUCCAUUUAUCGUUUGUGUAUCGUUCUCUUGGACGAAUGCAGUUGUUGACGAUUAUCGAACGGUUGACACGUUCGAUGGCCAAAUUCGUGGCAUUCGAAAAACGACACUUAUGAAAAAUAUAGAUUACUAUUCAUUCAAGGGUAUACCAUAUGCGGAACCCCCAGUCGGAAAGUUACGAUUUGAACCACCCGAACCGAAAAAACCAUGGUCACCGAAAAUUCACGAUGCUUUUGAAUUUGGAAACGUUUGCUGUUCAGAGACUGGAAUUCCUUUUGGUGAUUAUCCAAAAGAUGAAAAUUGUCUUUUUUUGAAUAUCUAUGUCCCAGCUCAUGCAAAACCCGACAAUAAACUUGCUGUCAUAUUUCUUAUGCAUGGCGGGGGGUUUGUUGAAGGAAAUGGAAACGACUUUUAUAAUGGCCCUGAUUUUCUUAUGGAACAAGACGUAAUUUUCGUAACGAUUAACUAUCGUUUGGGUGUAUUUGGAUUUUUAUCACUCGAUACACCCGAGUAUUCGGGUAACAUGGGAUUGAAAGAUCAACAAUUAGCAUUGAAAUGGGUACACAAAAACAUUGGACAUUUUUAUGGUGACAAUAAAAGGAUCACAUGCAUAGGAGGAAGUGCUGGUGGAGCAUCUUGUCAUUUCCAUUUAUUAUCAAAUGAAUCACGACAAUUUAUUCAUAACGCAAUUUUGACAAGUGGAACAGCUGAAAAUAUUUGGUCAUUUGGUAGCCAAAAGGAUAUGAUAUCUGGGGCGUAUGAGUUCGCUGCUGAUUUGGGGAAACCACAAAAUUCUGUAAAUGAAUUAGUUGACCUUCUCAAAUCUGUACCGGCAGAAGAUAUAGUAAGACAGUGGCCACAAGAUCUUUCAAACUUUUAUAGGACAUUAUAUUUCCCAAUUGGUCCAGUUAUUGAAAGAAGUGAUGCGAAGAAACCAUUUAUGGUUAUUUCACCGCAAAAAAUAUUAGAAACAUCAAACAUCGAUACCGACAUCAUAUUUUCUACUGAUUCCUUAGAAAUGUUGGGAUUAUUCACAACUCUAUACGUAUUGAAACAAUAUGAUGUCUAUGAUCUGGAUACUAAUUUUACAUUGAAAUUACCUUUUAGAUAUUUUAAUUUUUCAUUUGAAUCGGAUCAAUAUCGUGAAAUAGCCAAUGAAGUGCGUAAAUUUUAUUUUGGAGAUGCUGUGAUUAACGAACAAAUGAUGAUGGAGUACAUUAAUUUAUUAAGCGAUUUAAAUUUCGUCUAUCCCAACUAUAAGGCAGCGAAAAUGCAUCAGAAAAAAUCAAAGGGCAGAGCGUUUUACACACGAUUUUCUGGAGAUACCAAGCUGAAUGUGUUUAAGGGAUAUUUUGUAAAAGAUUUUAUGAAUAUUCAGAAUAUUCCUGGAGCAGCUCAUGUUGAUGAAACUUGCUAUGUGCUUAGAUGUGCGUUUUUACAAGAUUAUUAUGACGAAAUGCUGCAGAACAUCGAUAGCGAACAAUCAAAAAUUCAACUUCAAUUGAUUGCAUCGUUAACGAAAUUGCAUUCAAAUUUUGCAAAAUAUGGAAAUCCAACUCAUAAUAAUGAACCCAUUGAAAACUUCGAUCCGAUUGAUGGAAAUGAGAUUAAAUUGCUUGAUAUCACCAAUGAUGGAUUGCAAAUAAAACAAGAACCAAGAAAAAAUGCAAUGGAAUUUUGGGAAAAACUCGAAGAAAAAGCGCAACGAUUCAUUCAAGAGUCUUGACUUGAGUAAAACCGCCGAAUAGGUGAUCGGAAAAAUUGGGUCCUUUUAACACAUUUUUAUUUCUUCAACCUUCACGACCUACUACUUUAUAUUGUAUCCAUUGGAAAAUAAAAAGUAGCACAUUUAUUUUCGAUUUCAAUAGA